CUUUCGGGACGGCGGCGGGAAGAUGGCGGCCUCCAGGGACCAGCGAGAAGCCGAGGAGGGAAACGGGACCGACGGGCGCCGGGGAAGCUCGGGUGUGGAAGUGGUGUUUCCUCCGGAGCCCUCUGUCCCUGCCCCUCUGUGUCCUCACGGACCUACUCUACUGUUUGUCAAGGUGAAUCAAGGCAAAGAAGAACCAAGGAGGUUUUAUGCCUGCUCUGCCUGCAGAGACAGAAAAGACUGCGGUUUUUUUCAAUGGGAAGAUGAAAAGUUGUCAGAAGCAAGACUUGCUGCCCGUGAAGCUCAUAACCGAAGAUGUCGGCCUCCCUUCACUCGAAGCCAAUGUGUGGAAAGGUACUUGAAGUUUCUUGAGUUGCCCUUGUCUGAGAGGAAGUUUUGUCAAAGAUGCCAGCAGUUGCUGUUACCAGAUGACUGGUGGGAGCAUCGUGAGCAUCAGGUCAUGGGUGAUGUCUCUGUCGCCCAGUUAAAAAGGCCCAGUCAACUCCUGUGCCCACUGCAAAACAAGAAGACAAAUGCCCAGUAUUUGUUUGCUGAUAGGACCUGUCAGUUCCUGAUGGACCUACUUUCUACCCUUGGAUUCAGAAGAGUGCUGUGUGUUGGAACUCCAAGGUUACAUGAGCUGAUCAGACUGAAAGCAUCGGAUGACACGAAGUCUCACAUUAAAAGCCUUUUAUUGGAUAUUGAUUUCCGGUAUUCGCAGUUUUACAUUGAAGAUAGCUUUUGCCAUUAUAACAUGUUUAAUCAUCAUUUCUUUGAUGGAAAGGCAGCCCUUGAAGAGUGCAGGGCAUUUUUGCAGGAAGAUAAAGGCGACGGGGUCAUUAUGGUGACAGAUCCUCCAUUUGGUGGCCUGGUUGAACCUCUGGCUGUUACAUUUAAGAAGUUAAUUGCUCUGUGGAAAGAAGGUCAAAACCAAGGUGACAGUUGCAGAGAACUACCGAUUUUCUGGAUUUUCCCCUAUUUUUUUGAAUCUCGAAUUUGCCAGUUUUUCCCAAACUUCUGUAUGCUCGAUUACCAGGUAGAUUAUGAAAACCAUGCACAGUAUAAACAUGGAAAGACAGGUCGUCGACAGUCUCCUGUGCGGAUUUUCACAAACAUUCCACCUAGUAAAAUAAUCCUUCCAACCGAAGAAGGGUACAGAUUUUGCCCUUUGUGCCAGCGCUGUGUUUCUUUAGAGAAUCGACACUGUGAACACUGUAAUUCUUGCACAUCCAAGGAUGGCAGGAAAUGGAAUCAUUGCUUUCUCUGCAAAAAGUGUGUAAAGCCUUCCUGGAUUCACUGUAGUGUUUGUGACCGCUGUGCUGUUCCCUAUCAUUCCUGCGAGGGGCCUGGAGACGGCUGCUUCGUCUGCGGUGCUUUAGGCCACAAGCGCACCACUUGUCCCAACAUCUCUUCGAAGAGGGAACACAAAGCUGUCAGGAAGGAGAAGCAAAGAAAAAGGAAGAAAAUGAAAUUGGCAAAUGCUAAAGGACAGUGCGUGAAUCAUCCGCCCGCGCCCAGGAGGAAGGAGAGGAGGCAAGGUGCUCAUCAGUGUCCUGGCUCUUAA